CCCAACAGGCGGCUGGGGGCGGGCCAGGGCUGCUGAUUAAAGGGCGCCUGGAGCUGCCUGGUGGAGACAGGUGCCCAGCAGCCCAGGAAGCCAGCCAGCGCCCGCCCCAGCUUUCAUUUCACUUGCCCCUGAGCAAACUACCAUGUCUGAGGCACCUCGGGCUGAGACCUUUGUCUUCCUGGACCUGGAAGCCACCGGGCUCCCCAACCUGGACCCCGAGAUUGCCGAGCUGUCCCUGUUUGCUGUGCACCGCUCUUCCCUGGAGAGCCCGGAGCGCGACGAGUCUGGUGCGCCCGUGCUUCCCCGGGUCCUGGACAAACUCACGCUGUGCAUGAGCCCGCAGCGUCCCUUCUCGGCCAAGGCCAGCGAGAUUACCGGCCUGAGCAGCGAGUGCCUGGCACGGUGCCGGAAGGCCGGCUUCAAUGGCGCUGUGGUGCGCACGUUGCAGGCCUUCCUGAGCCGCCAGGAGGGCCCCAUCUGCCUGGUGGCCCACAACGGCUUCGAUUAUGACUUCCCCCUGCUGUGCACGGAGCUGCAGCGCCUGGGCGCCCAGCUGCCUCAGGACACGGUCUGCCUGGACACGCUGCCGGCGCUACGGGGCCUGGACCGCACCCACAGCCACGGCACACGGGCCCAGAGCUGCAAGGGCUACAGCCUGGGCAGCCUCUUCCGCCGCUACUUCCAGGCCGAGCCCAGCGCCGCCCACUCGGCCGAGGGUGACGUGCACACACUUCUGCUGGUCUUCCUGCACCGUGCCACAGAGCUACUGGCCUGGGCGGACGAGCAGGCCCGCAGCUGGGCCCAGGUUGAGCCCAUGUACACGCCCUCUGAUGGGCCCAGCCUCGAGGACUGAGCAUCAGGGGCCCUCGACGCGCACUCCGGGACAGGCCCCUCACCGUGGGCAGCACCAGCCUGCAGCUGCUCAUCCUGGCAGGCCCAGAGCUGCAUGCAUCCUGCCGCCCCCUGCACGGGGCAGCUCCAGGUCCAGAGAGCUGCCUCGCCCUCCCAGGCCCUGGCCAAGCUAGCCCACCCGGCUGGUGCUCAGCGCAGUUGGCUGCUAUGGGCGCCUGUCCCUCCACGUGUCCGCCAAUAAACUCCC